CAACCAACAACCACGUGUGGUGUGAUAGCUUAAGAUCCACUUGGCCAGUUGGCCGUCGAUCGAUCGCUCUGUCCAUCCGCGACCACAACACGAAAACCGUCAGGCAGGAGAGCGUGGCAUUCUCGUCAUUUCAUCGAAGUCUAUUGGCAUUUUUUUUCUUCCUUCCCCUGCUCCUCGAUCCCAUCGACGGAACUAAAACUGAAGAAGACAACGAACCGCAGUGUAUAUCGUCUUAACAUAAAACUCUCCGAGAGACCGAUUUCUGGUAUUUCAUCAAACACGGCAUCGUCUUUCCCUUGGAAGACGAGUGUUUGAGAUGUUGAAGAUCGCAUUCAAUGUAUCUGACCAAAUCCAAUCCCUAGCCCAAUGCGGCUUCCUGGGCCUGGGCCAGCCCAAGUCUAUCCUCCACCCUUGCUCCCGUCGACGGAACGUGGCCGUUCACUGCGCCCCGGCCGCCAUAACUCACAUUCAGCCCCACGGAUUCGUGUUGAAGUCUGGGGCGGUUCAGGUCGAGUCAGAUUCGGGAACCUUGGCUGACCGGCUCCGGCUUGGAAGCUUGACGGAGGAUGGAUUGUCGUAUAAGGAGAAAUUCAUUGUGAGGAGCUACGAGGUUGGGAUUAACAAAACUGCCACUGUUGAGACCAUUGCGAAUCUCUUGCAGGAGGUUGGAUGUAACCAUGCCCAAAGUGUUGGGUACUCAACAGACGGAUUUGCAACAACUCCCACCAUGAGAAAGUUGCAUCUCAUAUGGGUCACUGCUCGUAUGCACAUCGAAAUCUACAAAUAUCCAGCUUGGAGUGAUGUUGUUGAAAUUGAAACGUGGUGCCAAAGUGAAGGGAGAAUUGGAACUAGACGUGAUUGGAUUCUUAAGGACUUUGCCACCAGUGAAGUUAUUGGCAGAGCUACAAGUAAGUGGGUGAUGAUGAACCAAGAUACUAGGCGGCUUCAGAAAGUCAAUGACGAGGUCAGGGAGGAGUAUUUGGUUUUCUGUCCACGAGAACCCAGAUUGUCAUUUCCAGAAAAAAAUAACCGCAGCUUGAAGAAAAUUUUGAAGCUGGAAGAUCCUGCUCAGAAUUCAAGACUAGGACUUGUGCCUAGAAGAGCUGAUCUGGACAUGAAUCAGCACGUUAAUAAUGUCACGUACAUUGGAUGGGUUCUUGAGAGCAUACCUCAAGAAAUCAUCGACAGCCAUGAAUUGCAAGCAAUCACCUUGGACUAUAGAAGGGAAUGCCAACAAGAUGACAUAGUUGAUUCCCUAACGAACGUGGAACCCGUUGAGGAUACUCCAGCAGUUUCCGAGCUUCAUCAAACAAAUGGCGCUGCCUCUGUCACUGAUGACGCGCAAGAGAGUGUUAAGUUUUUGCAUUUGUUGAGAUUGUCAGGUGAUGGACUUGAAAUAAACCGCGGAAGGACAGAGUGGCGAAAGAAACCUGCAAGAUGAGCAAGUGAUUCGAGGCUUACUUUAUUGUGCUUUAUCCGCUUACUAUUUCUUUUCGAAUCCACAAGGAUCUUUAGUAUAUUUGUUCUAUUAGGAUCCAGCUUGCCUUGAGAAACUCCUUGAAUCUUGAUAGGGAGUCAUGAGGAUCCUAGUCCGCAGAGACACAAUCUACUCAAUACUUCAUUAAACAAUCCAAAGCUUCAUUUCCUUAGAUUUCUUUGUGUGAAUGGAAUGAAGCUUUACUUCUUAUGAUGCAUACAUAUACAUAUAUACAUGGAGAAGAGACCCUUAAUCAAUGAACUUUUUCCCUCAGCAUAAA